GUACCUACGGCUGGCGAAGCAGCUGCAUCCAGAUGUCAACAAGGCAGCUGGGGCUGAGCAGAGCUUCCAAAAGGUUCGGGAUGCCUACGAGGUUCUAUCCAACGACGAUAAGCGUCGUGAGUACGAUCGUCAGAUAGCUCCCCCUGAUCGUGGGCCGCGAUCGGGACCCGACCCUCGAGUUGCGUGGAUGUACCGCAGCCGAACUGGGCAGCCCGGAGGAACAGGAAUGAGCGGCAAGCCUUUCGGCUUCACGGACGAGGCAGCAUGGAGAGCUCGACAAGAGUAUGAGGAAAUGCGGAGACGUGCAGAAGAAGCGCAAUUUUAUGCAGAGUUCAAUCAGUAUCGUUACCGACAAAGUCUUUUCGAAUCACUUCUUAGAUUUGUGCCACUUGUGGUGCCACUAUGGUUUGUCGCCAUGCUUUUUGGCCUUUACCGGCGGAGUCGUUCAGUGGAUCAAGGAAAUCCAGCGGAGAUGCUGUAUUGGGAUGAAUUUGAUCGAGCUUGGGCUCGAGAUGCUUAUGGAAGGACUCAUCGCUUGCCAGACCUGGACAAGCAGCGCUAG